CAGUCUUCUGGAUUGAGCACAACACACCUUAUCGUUGUCACUGGGAGAAUCUCAUCAUUAAUGCAAUUUGUUCUGGACAACUGCAACAGCAUUCAUCCAUCUGUAGCACACCUGCCUAGGAUAUACUACUGAUAUAACAAUGGACUUAAGACACAAUGGAUGAACAUUCAGGAGACUCAGACAGCCUUAGGAUUGUGCUCCUUGGCCCAGCUGGUUCAGGCAAGACUUCAACUGCAAAUGUAAUUCUGGGACUCAGGACCUGGUUAAAAAAUGUGGAGGAGGGUACCACAGUCUGAAUAACAAAGCAGAACUAAGGAGGUCUCAGUUGAUUGGAAAAGAUAGAUGGGAUGAAAAAGGCAAAUACAGGUCAGAUACCAUAUGACAGUAAAGGAAAUAUGUCUAAUGUCAGAAUUGUGUUACUGGGUAAGACUGGGGUUGGGAAGAGUGCUUCAGGAAACACCAUCCUGGGGAAAAAGAAAUUUAAAGAUGAUGACUCUUGUGACUGUGUGACCACAACCUGUCAGAAAGAGUGUAGUGAGAUUGCUGGGUGGCAUAUUACACUGGUUGAUACCCCAGGAUUAUUUGGCAAAGAUGAGACAGUAGACACUGAAAGAGAGAUAGAGACAUGUGUUAAGAUGUCUGUUCCAGGGCCUCAUGUCUUCCUCUUGGUGAUCAGAUUAGGUGAGAGAUUCACAGAGGAAGACAGUAACACAGUGAAAUGGAUCCAGGAGAACUUUGGGAAGAGAGCGACAAAGUUCACCAUGGUGCUGUUCACUCAUGCCGAUCAGGUAAAGGGAAAACCACUGGAGAGCAAGCUAAAUAAAGAGCUCACUGCCCUGAUACAGAGCCUUGGGGGUAGAUACCACACCUUUAACAACACAGAGAGGGAUGACCAGACUCAGGUUAUAGAGCUGUUAGAGAAGAUAGAUGCCAUGGUGGAGGAGAACAAUGGAGAGCAUUACACAAACAAGAUGUACCAGGAGGCUCAGGAAAAGAUCAGAGAAGAGGAGGAGAGGAAGAGAUGUGAGAAUGAGAGAAAGAAAAAGGAGUAUGAAGAUUUAAAGAAGGAGGCAGCAGAUGCAGAGAGAAAAGAAAAUGAAGAAAGGGGAAGGACAGAUGCAGUUAAGAGAAAACUAAAAAUGGGAACAAUAGGAUUGGGAGUAGGAGCAGGAGUAGGGAUAGCUAUAGGACUAAAAAAUUGUGAUUCCCCACGAGGUGUAGCUUUUGUAGCGGCCAUAGGAGGGUUCAUAGGAAGCUCAGUAGGAUUAAAAUAUGCAGAUGCAACAAAGCCAAAAGCAAACUAGAAAAUGUAAUUGCACAGAAGAAAUUACCAUUGCAUGUCGAUUGUCGCGUGAGGGGCAAAACUGUGGACCUUUCGGGCCUUGUGUGCUGUAAAGUCCACAGUUCUAUACAAAGUGCCUCUCAUAAUGUUAUGCUGUAUUACAUUUUAUAUUUGAACCGAAUGAUUAAAUAAUUUACUAUUGAAGCAUAGUGUACACUAAUGCCAUACCAUUUAUGAUUUGUAAUGCAAACAUAUUACAUUGAGAAACAGUAACCACCUUUAAAAUAAUUCAAUCUGAAUUCAGGAUGCAUAAUGUGAGUAGAUUGAAUUCAAGAUUUAUGUAAUUAUAUCUAGUUUUUGUUUAUUUUAUAUUUUAUUUUAUUAGAGUGCAUGAAAAUGCACUCUACUGUUAUCCCAAGUAUUCUUAUUAUUUUUCUUCAACGCUUUUUGUGCGUCGAAUUCAGCUUCAACCGUUUAACGUAGAAACUUCAUUCAAACUGCGCUGCGUAGGUCUUACUUAGGUGACUUCAGCUAUGUUUUUUUCAACUUUGUGACUUUUAUACUUUUUGAACUAUUAAAUAAAAACUAUUAAAAUUUCCCCAUAGACUUAACAUUGCGAUGAUGACAUCAUAGAAUCUCUAUGCAAAUGUGAACCACUCAGAGCAAAUCAGAAGCCUGCGUUGUACACAGAGGCGGGAGUAACAAAAACAAUGGCGGCAGCCCUGGGGGUCAUAACUGGAAAUAUUAAAUGUGAAUUAAGGUUUCUUGACCACUUUUGAUGGUUUAUUUUUGAUACGGUUUAUUGUUUAUAUGCGACAUAAAUGUGUUCAGGACACACAGAUCAUUGUAGGUUAACGUAAGCUUUCUUAUGGUAGAGUUAGCUUGUUAGCUUGUUGACCCAUUAUAGAUAAACCACUGGAUAUAAUCUGAAGCACCAGACUGUCUCGCUAACUAGCAGGCUAUGUAGGCAACAAACGACUGGUCCGAGCUUGCUUCUGCUAUUAUUAGUCCACAUCUGGCAAAUACGCACAAAGUGCGGUUAAGGUAACAAACCAAACUAUUUCCGACUAAAACAAAUAGCCUAACGUUAUCAAGCCAGGCAAAAUUGCUAGCCUAGGCUACUUGAAUUAAAAUAACGCAGACCACGAGAGUCCUAGAUAGUUCAGCUGUAAAUAAAGCUAACUUCACUGAAUCAAUGUCAACUCCCGGUGUUGAUCCCCGUCUUUUGGCAGCCGAUUAGGCAUAACAUUUAAAUGUUUACCACCGUUAAUAGCCUAUUGUACAGCCAGGAUGAAUAUUGUAAUACUCCAGACACUUUGUCACACUUGAGGGAAACUUCCCGUGCUUUAUUUAUCAACCAAGUAGCUUAUCACAACCGAGUUGCUGUUUUAGCCACAACUGACGCUUUUAACAGACCUUACUCUGUCCAACUCCUUCACUCUCCGACUCCGACCUGUGCAAACAAACACGCAAACACACGUACGCACCUAAAACUCCAUCCCCAAGUCCCCCUUAAAGGGACACAACUAUUUCAGGAACACAAUAAAGGAUGUAAUUCGGCUACACAGCCUGUCAAAAUGACCGUUGACUAUGAGAAAUAUAGACCUAAUCAUUCAGCCAAUAACGUCGGCGUCGCAUAACUGUGAUUUUUGUGUGCAAUGCACACCCUAGCUCUUCUACAGUCACGAUAAUGCAAUACAAUUAUGAUGUUUAACGUAGGCAAUGUGAGCCUGCACGGUAGACAGUAAAAGAAUGACCUCUGAAGAUUUAUCCACACAUAUUGUCUACACAAAUUAUCUCUUGCUGUGAUCCCUCGUGCUCUCAUCCUAAAUUGCAGAGUUUAUUGUAGCAAAAAAACAACCAUUCAUGGUUUAACCAUAAAUGCAUGACUUCGUAUCACAACAUAAUAUCGAUGUUAGGUUAUAAAAUAAACUAAGCCUAGUUUGCCUUUGGACUGUUCAAGAGCUCCAUGCUGGUGUGUUAUCUAUAUGAUCAGUUUGGAAAUUGUCCUUACUGUUUAUCAACACUCAUGUCUGAUUCAAUUACUACCUAGGAACCUCCACCUAAUUUAGCAACCUACAUAGCAGAGUAACCACUGAAUACCCUGAUAAACCUAACAGCUAUCUCAAUUACCCUUGCAACAAUAUAGAAAUCAUCGCAAUCACCCUAGUAAUGUUAACAAAGACCACUUUCCAUUCAAUUAAACUUUCCAUUUCCACUUUCUCUCCAUCCAUUUACUUCCAACUAUGUAUACCUUCAUUAAACUGUCCUCCUAUCAACAUCCAUUAAUCUACCCAUACAUCCAUUAAACUAUUUGUCUAUCAACAUUCAUUAAACUAUCUGUCUUAUCAACAUCCAUUAAACUGUCUAUCUCUACACAGCCCUUAAACUAUGUCUAUUAAACUAUCUGCCUAUCAACAUUUAUUAAAUAAAUACAUUUAUUAGAAUCUUAAGCCAGGUGUUCAAAGCCACCUGGCAGCAACUCUCUGUCUCAGGCUUUUUGGCUCUCUUAAGACUACAUAUCCUGUUCAACUGUUUCCUCUACCCACAACUGUUUCAAAAUAAAAGUCCUCAUCAUUUUUGCAUUUUCAUGCACUCGUAAUUUCCUUGGAAUUACAUCUCUAGUUUUCAUUGUAACUGGUUUUCUAUAAAAUGUCUUGGAUUUGAUUUGACUCCAUUGUAUCCAGCACUUUGUAAUAUGUCUUGACUUGUGUCCUCAUUUAAAAAAUAAACUUUUCCCA